UUUCAGAAGCACUAUAAAUGCCCGCAGCGUCGAAGCCUUUCGACCCUCAGCUCUAUCGACCCAACCACUUGACCUCCAUGAACUCCUCUUGGCACGAACCAUUCUUUAGUUUCGUCCUCCCCGAUGGUACGGUCUGGACAGAGCUGGACACCGAUGACAGGAAGGCUCUGCAGACGUGCGCCGCUGCACUGAACAGUCUGCUCGACUGGGAAGAACCCCUCUUACGACGACUCGGAGAGAGCCUGAGGAUCGCAGGACGCAAGAGGCUCCAGACUAAUGAAACUGUGCUUCUACUGGAGAUCUGGUGAGUAGCAUUAUGAAUCGCUGAGCCUAGCCAAAGAGGACAACUUACUGAUACAACCUGGUGGCGUAGCACACAGAAGCGUAAGUUCCCCAAGCAGGCGCUCACUCUGCUGAUAGAGCGGACGAAGGUAAGUGGCCUCACUUGUACGAGCCGCUUCGAUAUGUGAAACCUGGUCUCGCAGGCCACUUUCACGAUGGAUUUCGAGCCUCUGGGCCAGGAACAAUUCUUCCCCGCGCCGCCCACGGUCAUCCCGGCGGUAAUCAAGCAUUCUGUAGUCACCCCCUCAGCGUCCCGUGAUGACCUGGAUGGAGGCAGUGACGCAAGGCCUGCGCAGGCGUAACGUUCCGAAGAAGCCAUGAUAACGAUCGUUGUGUUUUUGCGAGUGCUCGUUUCUAGUUCUGUACAUACGUUUUA